AUGGCAGCGCACGCGACCCCACAGCCCCACCUGCGGCACGGUGCCCCGGCGCUACUGCUCCUCCUCACCGCCCUCGCCACCACCCUCGCCUGCCAGCACCUCUGGAUCCACGACCACACCUUUCCCUGGGACGCACUCCAGCUCCUCCAGACCAUGGCUCCCAGCCCACCACAGCCCUGCCACCACCACCACCCGCUCUUCUUCAACGACACCCUCCUCCACGACAGCCGACACCCGCAGCGAGCCGCCGACACCGCCCUACGCAUCCUCCAGCGACUCUCCCACGCCCUCAGCAGCCACAGCAUCCCCCAACACUGGGACACCCAGGCAAGGGACGACCUCCUCAACAAACUC